UGUGGAUAGCUGCGGGGCCGCGCGCUGCGACGCCGUGAGGUGGCUACGCACAGUGAAUCCCAGCCAGCUUCUAGUGUGGUGCAGUGAACCGUGUACAGUUCCUUCUACUUGGGGACCAUGCAGAGAGCUUCACGUCUAAAGAGAGAACUGAACUUGUUAGCCACAGAGCCACCCCCAGGCAUCACUUGCUGGCAAGACAAGGACAAAAUGGAUGAUCUUCAAGCUCAAAUAUUAGGUGCAGCUGACACACCUUAUGAAAAAGGUGUUUUCAAACUGGAAGUUACCAUUCCCGAGAGGUACCCCUUUGAACCUCCUCAGAUCCGAUUUCUGACUCCGAUCUAUCAUCCAAACAUUGAUUCUGCUGGAAGGAUUUGUUUAGAUGUCCUCAAAUUGCCACCAAAAGGUGCCUGGAGACCAUCCCUCAACAUUGCAACCGUCCUGACUUCUAUUCAGUUGCUCAUGUCUGAACCCAACCCUGAUGACCCACUCAUGGCCGACAUAUCCUCGGAAUUUAAAUAUAAUAAGCCAGUCUUCCUCAAGAAUGCCAGGCAGUGGACAGAGAAGCAUGCAAAACAGAAACAGAAGGCUGAUGAGGGAGAGAUGCCUGAUGAUCUGCCAGAGGCUGGUGACUCAGAAGUACGCAACACAACCCAGAAAAGGAAAGCCAGGCAGUUGGGAGGCAUAGAAAAGAAAUUUUGCUCUGACCUGUAGGGGUUUGUCCUGGUCCUAGUUAAUAUAUGCUUUGUUAAGAUGGUCUAAUCUGCCUACAUCUCUCUUGGAUGUUUUUCCUUGUAUUUGAUGACGUUAUCAUCUUUCUUGUCCUAUAAAACAGACCUUGUGUAUUUAUGGAUUCUGUUCUACAGUGAUUCUCUGAGGGUAGUUUGUUUUAUUUAGUUUGUACAUACAUAGUUUGAAACCUUUUAAACCUGAAAAAUAAAUAACCACUUAAUGUUGAGUGUGUGUUUAUCCUGAAUGUGUGUCUGGGAGCAAACUGUCCAGAAAGCUAUAUAAUAAGAAUGUUAAAAUAUUUGGAAUUGUUGUCUUUUAUUUUGCCAACUUACCAACAUCACUAGGGACGCCGAAUGUUUGACGUAGAUGUAAAAUCGCUGUUGGAAACAAUUCAGUUACCACCAGGCUUUCAAGGAUUCUAGGUUUUCAGAAGUCUUAACAGAAUGUGGGAAUAAGUUAAUGGGCCCUUUUGUUAAUUUUUUUGCGGUUUUCACUUUUUGUGAUUUACACAGCUGGUCAGAAUUACCAUGGUAAUAAAUAUUUAUUGAAUACCUGCUGCGUACCAAAUAUUGUGCACGUGUUUCAGAAUAUAACAGUGGAAAAAAUCAGACAUGAGAUUAACCAAGUAAUCAGACAAAUUUAAAUAAAGAUUUUUGUGAUCA